UAACCUCCUCUUCCCUGUAUAUAGAACACAAGAAGAUCACUCCACUCCAUAACAUCUAUCCAUCACCAAUGGCCAUCAAGUUACAUUCACUAGCUCUAUUUUCUCUAAUUUCUCUUUCACUAAUAUUCACUUCAAAAGCUCAAUUCUUCUCUUCCGCUCCACUACUAGCUCCAUCAUCGGCGGCCAAGCCAGUUCCUGCUCCUGCCAUGGAACCAGUACUUCCACCACCGGCCACCGUGCCAGUCCUAUCUCCGGCGGGUGCACCAUAUUUGGAACCGGCAGCUGCACCAGCUGAUCCAUGCAUGGACGCAUACCUGAAUAUGACUGAUUGUUUAACGUAUGUUGAGGCCGGCAGCACUGUGAGAGUUCCGGACAAAGGUUGUUGCCCUGCGUUUGCCAGUCUUGUUUCUAAUCAACCUCAGUGUCUCUGCCAUAUCCUCGGCUCUGGCGAUGUCAUCGGUUUCAAGAUCGAUACUACCAAAGCACUCACUCUUCCUACUGCUUGUCGAGUUGAAACUCCUUCUGUUAGCCUUUGCGCUCUGUUUGGAAUUCCAAUACCAAGUCCGAUGUCUUCGCCUGGACCAGCAAGUGGAGGACAAUUAGCACCGGCAGCAUCUAGUGUAAUUGGAUCAAAUCCAACUAGUGGACCAACACCAAGUGGUGGCAAGAGAAAUGAGGCAAACUUCAAAGCUAGUUUUAUUGGACUCCUUUUGGGAUCCAUCUUCAUCUUCUUGUAUUGAAGUGAUUCUUUUUCUUAUUGAUUUAUUUUUAUUAUUGCAUUUUUAGUGGUAUUUGAAGAACAUUGUUGAAUAAACUAAUGUAUUUUUUUUUUAUUAUUAUUUUUAUGAAUAUUUUUAUCAUGGUGGUUAGUUUUCUUGUGGGAAUGGGCAUUGACUAUAGGCUGUGAGUGCAUUGAAGUUUCAAGGAUGUUGUUGGUUCUUUAAUUAAUGGUGGAAGGUGGCAGUUUUAA